AUGGCCAGUCUCAUCGCCAUUCUGGAUCUCAAAGGAAAGCCUCUGAUUCAAAGAUCCUAUCGCGACGAUGUGCCUUCUUCAUAUAUCGAACGCUUUCUGCCUCUAGUCCUGGACUUUGAAGAAGAAGGCCAGCAAGUGACGCCGUGUUUCUCGAGCCAAGGCAUCAACUACAUGCACAUUCGCCAUUCAAAUCUCUACAUUCUGGCACUAUCGAAACGAAACUCCAAUGCCGCCGAAAUCAUUCUCUUCCUACAUCGGCUAACCAGCGUGCUGGUCGAAUACUUCAAAGAACUGGAGGAGGAGAGUAUACGGGAUAACUUUGUGAUCAUCUACGAGUUGCUGGAUGAGAUGAUGGACUUCGGAUACCCGCAGACAACAGAGAGCAAGAUCUUGCAAGAGUAUAUCACCCAGGAAUCUCACAAGCUAGAGAUUCAAGUCCGACCACCGAUGGCAGUCACGAACGCAGUCUCCUGGCGAACCGAGGGAAUUCGAUAUCGCAAGAACGAGGUGUUCCUGGAUGUAAUCGAGAGUGUGAACCUACUGGUCAACGCCAAUGGCAACGUUGUGCGAUCAGAAAUUUUGGGAGCAGUCAAGAUGAAGUGCUAUCUAUCUGGAAUGCCCGAAUUACGGUUAGGUCUGAAUGACAAAGUCAUGUUUGAGAGCACCGGGCGGACUGCGCGGGGCAAGGCGAUCGAAAUGGAGGACGUCAAGUUCCACCAGUGUGUGCGAUUGUCACGCUUCGAGAACGACCGGACGAUUUCGUUCAUCCCGCCAGACGGCGAAUUCGAGCUCAUGUCGUACCGCCUUUCGACGCCGGUGAAGCCGUUGAUAUGGGUGGAGGCCGCUGUGGAACACCACAAGGGUAGUCGCGUGGAGUAUAUGGUGAAAUGCAAAGCCCAGUUCAAGAGGCGAAGUACAGCCAACAACGUAGAGAUAUACGUCCCCGUACCAGAUGAUGCUGAUAGCCCCAAAUUCAGAGCGUCCACCGGUAGCGUGCAAUACGCGCCUGACAAGUCUGCAUUCGUAUGGAAGAUAAAGCAGCUUGGCGGCGGCAGAGAAUUCCUCAUGCGAGCGCACUUUGGGCUGCCGAGUGUCAAGAGCGAGGCUGACGUGGAGAAGAGAGCACCGAUAACUGUAAAAUUUGAGAUCCCCUACUUCACAGUGUCAGGUAUCCAAGUUCGGUACCUCAAAAUCGUGGAAAAGAGCGGUUAUCAGGCUCUUCCUUGGGUGCGCUACAUCACGCAGAACGGUGACGAUUAUAGUUUACGCACGGCGUUAGAGAAGGGCAGUGCCCCGAUUGUCCCUAUGUAA